AUGCUCUUCGCUGAUGACAGCCUGUUUAUAUGCCGCGCAUCAAGUGAUCAAUGUCAGGAGCUUUUUGAUGUGCUUGGUAUUUAUGAAAAGGUCUCGGGUCAGAAAAUAAAUACGGUCAAAUCAGCUAUCACAUUUGGAUCUAGAGUCUCGGCUAACGUCAAAGUAUGGAUCAAGAGUAAAUCUGGUAUACAAAUGGAAGGAGGUACAAGGAAAUACUUGGGUUUACCGAAAUGUUUGAGCGGAUCCAAGCAGCAGCUUCUGGGUUAUAUUAAGGACAACUGUCAAAAGAGACUGAAUGGGUGGUACGCCAAGACCUUAUCUCAGGGAGGGAAAGAGAUACUACUUAAGUCAGUAGCUAUGCCAAUGCAUGUCUAUGCAUUGACAUGCUUUAAGCUACCAGUAAAGCUCUGUAAGGACCGUACAAGUGCCAUGAUGGACCUUACAGAGGAAAAUAAGAACAAAAUCCAUUGGGUGGGAUGGGAGAAGCUAACACUACCUAAGAGACUUGGAGGGAUUGGUUUUAGAGAUCUUCAGCUUUACAAUCAAGCUCUGUUAGCUAAGCAGGCAUGGAGACUUCUCCAUGAUCCCCACAGUCUUUUUGGCCGUUCUUUCAAGAGUAGAUACUAUGCUGAUACCAAUCUCAUGUCAGCGUCAAAAGGCCGCAGGUCCAUUGGAAACGGGCGAGAUACAUUGGUGUGGGUGGAUAACUGGUUAUAUGAUGGAAUCCCAAGCCGCCCUGGAGGUAGACAUUCUUUGAUGAAGAUUGAUCUCAGAGUAGCAUACUUGAUUGACAACUCGACACAGAAUUGGAUCAUGGAGAUUCUAAGGGACCUUUUCAAUCGUGACGCCAUUGAACUCAUAUCUAGACAGAGACCUUGUGUAUCAAGGGACGACUCCUAUCAUAGUGGUUUAAGUGGCUCUGGUUUAAUAGUUGUAAGCGGAGUUCGAGCCCUUCCUUAUACUAACGGUAUAUAUUGA